AUGCGCUUGAUGAAUUCAAUUUGCGACGACGAGGAUUACGAGUUCGCGGAUCAGGCUGAAGACGACCUCCAUUGCUGGGCUCUGGGUCCCUUUAAUCCGAUUUUCGAUCAAAUUGAGCCAGCUUUUGUUAAUCAGCAGCGCUAUACACUUCAAGAUUUUCUUUACCCAGAGACGUUUCACUACUCUGUCUACGCCAUUGAUGAAACACUACAUCCAUGCCUUAACUAUGAGGUUCCAAGAAAACCACUACUCAACGGUGUGGGCCUAAAUAAUUUUUCUCUUUGUUCGACCUGGCGCAUAUUUCGGCCCACAGAGAUAGAAUCAGUCGUCUCUGAACAAAAUGAAAUGUUCUCAAAAUCUCCGAGGAAGGUAUUCGCUGAUGGAAAAUUGUGUUUCCUCAAAUUCCUUGAUCGCGACGACCAAAGAGCUGCCAUUCGCGAAAUGACUAUCUACAAAAGUAUUGAGAUCUUGGGCUUGGAUAAGAAAGUGAAAUUGCCCCGCAUGUAUGGCGUCGUCGAAGAUAAACUGAACGGUCGCAUCGUUGGGCUUCUCUUAUCCUGGAUCAACUGUCGGAAUAAGACGUUAGCGUGCGCUUUGGGCCCUGAGACGUCAUCGACUUUACGUGCGAAAUGGGACCUACAAUUGACAACAACUUUGAACUGCUUGAACGAAGCUGGCAUUGUCUGGGGAGAUGUGAAGCCCGCGAAUAUCUUGAUUGACGAGGAUGAGGAUGCGUGGAUUAUCGACUUUGGCGGUGGAUACACUCAAGGAUGGGUGGGAAAGGAUCAGAUGGAAACGACAGAAGGCGAUAAAGCUGGUCUUUUGAAGAUAAAGGAGCUCCUGAGACAGACUCCAUAUGAAGCCUAG